UUUUCGUGGUCACGUGACAGCAGCAGCGCGCAGGUGGCUUCUGCGCAUAUGCAGAGCUGCUUCCCUGAUCAGCUGACCGUGAGAUGCUUGUUUGAAGGACCUCCGCGUCUAAAACCCGUUAUUUUCUGCCUCGCAUAUGGGAAGCUGCUCCAGUUUGGUUGACGCACACGUUUGGACCCGACGCUGAGACCGUCAAACAUCUCGUGACAUUUGUGGCUGGGUGAACGUAUUUCCUCCCUGCAGCCAUGACAGAAUUCUGGUUGAUCUCCGCCCCGGGAGAGAAGACGUGCCAGCAAACAUGGGACAAGCUGAUGGGGGCCACAACAGGCACCAGUAACCUGUCCAUCAAUAACAAGUUCAACAUCCCUGACCUCAAGGUUGGAACACUGGACGUGUUGGUGGGUCUGUCGGAUGAGCUGGCUAAGCUGGACACGUUUGUUGAAGGUGUGGUGAAGAAGGUUGCUCAAUACAUGGCAGAUGUCCUGGAGGACAGCAGAGACAAAGUACAGGAGAAUCUGCUAGCCAAUGGAGUUGACCUGAUCACCUACAUCACCAGAUUUCAGUGGGACAUGGCUAAAUAUCCGAUUAAACAGUCAUUGAAAAACAUCUCGGAGAUCGUCUCCAAGCAAGUGACCCAGAUUGACAACGACCUGAAGGCCAGAGCUUCAGCCUACAACAAUCUGAAAGGAAACCUGCAGAAUCUGGAGAGGAAGAAUGCGGGAAGUUUGUUGACCAGAAGUCUGGCAGAUAUAGUAAGGAAAGAGGACUUUGUUCUGGACUCGGAGUACCUGAUCACCAUGCUUGUGGUCGUUCCAAAAACAGGUUAUCCUGAUUGGCAGAAAACCUAUGAAACCCUUGCAGAAAUGGUCGUGCCACGUUCCUCAAAGCUGGUGUUUGAAGACAAUGAGAGCGGUCUGUUCAGCGUCACUCUCUUUAGGAAGGCCGUGGAUGACUUCAAACACAAAGCCAGAGAAAACAAGUUUACGGUGCGUGACUUCCAGUACAACGAGGAGGAGAUGAAGGCAGACAAGGAAGAGAUGGCGCGUUUGUCCACGGACAAAAAGAAACAGUUUGGUCCUUUGGUUCGAUGGCUGAAGGUGAAUUUCAGCGAGGCUUUUAUCGCGUGGAUUCACAUAAAAGCUCUGCGUGUGUUUGUUGAAUCGGUACUGAGAUACGGCCUGCCAGUCAACUUCCAGGCCAUGCUGCUGCACCCCCACAAGAAGAACAUGAAGAAGCUGAGAGAAGUGCUGUACGACCUGUACAAACACCUGGACAGCGGUGCUGCCAUCAUUGACGCUUCCAUGGACAUCCCUGGGUUGAACUUGAGCCAGCAGGACUACUACCCCUAUGUUUACUACAAAAUCGACUGCAGUUUGCUGGACUUCAAAGUCUAAACACUCUGCCACUGUCAUCGUUUGCUGUGUUGUUCUAAUGUGACAUGUCUAAAUUCACAAGAUGUCGUUAUUUCUCCUUCCAUUUUUUGAACCCUUUCAUUUAUAUUUUUACUUUCUUUAGCAUUUACCUGUACCUUUGUGAGUUUGCUCACCCAUUGGGAUUGUUGCAGCCAUCAGAAACUCUUUAGGGUUAACUGAUUAGUUUUGAUCAAACAGACUUGAACAUGGGUUUUUAUUUUUUAUAAUUCCUGUUUAGUCAGACCUGCAAACAAACAGUUUUCACUAGAAAUGACACGUAAACUGUUGUCUUUUUAUUGUGGCUGUCCUUCCCCUGAACAAAACAAGAUGGUUACAUGCAGCAUAUGGGAGACAUGGGAACAAAACUAUGUAUAUGAAAUACUCGUAUUUAUUUUAUGCUUCUAAAAAUCAGUAAACAUGUUUUUGUUUUCAGUUUUUGAAAGCGCUGUGGUUUUUCUUGUUCCAAGCAACAAAUGCUUACUUACAAGUAGAAGUUGACCUCUGCUUUCCUUCUCCUGAUGUGAUCCUGUAAAACGCUGGAAAUGUUUGAAUUAAUAUACAAAAAGAUGUGUCUGCUGAAUAUUUGAUUUUUAUUUCUCUGUAUAUUUAACACAUUAAGAAAACCAGAACAUUGUAUUAUGUGCUGAUUCUGUAUUGUAUGUUUGAAGGAAAACUGAACAACCUAUUUAAAAUAAUUGUGAAAAUAAAUUCUAUCUGGAAAAUACA